AUGCCAGAGCCUGAGGUUCUGAGCCUCAGUUUUCAGCUGGGCCAGGUCCUGAACCCCCACCUCCCUGCCCUGCGACUCGGCUCCUCCUCACCUCUUUCCAGCGUCUUCCUCUGUCAGGUGCUGUUUCCAGAUGCCAUAAAAAUGGGUAGCAGGACACAGCUUCCAGCUCCAGGAGGCCCGAAGAGGGGGCUCGGACACACAGAAGCAUCGGACGAGAGGCCCUGGGAGCUCGGGACCCAGGAACAGAGGCCAGGGAAGCAGUCAUCUUGGGUAGCCCUGGAAGGACCUGGGGAGCUGCAGGCAGGCCAGGAAGAGGCCCCACCCGGGAGUGGGCAGGAGAUGCUGCCAUCCGGACUUGGUGCAAUCCCUGAAGGGCUGCAGCAGCUGGGGAUAGAGACCGAGGACCAGUGGCGGGGACCCCAGAGCCCAAGGGCUGUGGGGCGUCAGCCCCCGGAGAGCUGUCAGGUCCCAGAGUAUCAGUCACCAGGUCACGAGGCAGCAAAUGGGUCAGAAGUUGCACAGCCAACAGAGCCUUUUUGCACUUUGGACAGCUGGGGGCAGUCACUGAAAGAUGAUGUCCCCAGGGAGGAAGGCAUCCCACAAGUUAGGCUACAGGAGUCUCUGCCGAAGCCCCGCUCAGGGGCACACGAGACCAGCUCCCAGGAAGCACUGCCACUAAUGCCCAGGGUAACUGCAGAGAAAGAGAUGGCCAGUUCUCUCUUGCCACUCAUGCCAGGACCUCAAAUACCCAAAGAAAGACUUGAGGCUGUGGAGACCCAGCCAUCACCCAGGCCUCUUCUUUCACCAGAGGUGAGGGACAUUGGCAACAGGAGGGCAUCGGACCAUGCACAGAAGAAGCUGCAGGAGUUCCAGGCGGCUGCAAGGGUCCAGAGCCCUGGGAACCCCCGGCAGGGCUUCAUGAAGUGCUUGCUGGAGGUGGAGGAGGAGGAGGCCACCCAUCGGAAGGCCUCAAAGGCCCGGGCCUUGGCAGCCCGGAGGUCCUCUAGGACCCUGACCUCUGUGCCCUCCUCAGGCCCUGUCAACAACUCCACCCCAACCUUGCCUCUGACCCUGCCUCAGACCCCCACCUCCAUCUCUACCACCAUUCCAUUGUGGGCCCGGCCACAUUGUGGGCCUGGCUCAGCCCCUGCUCCUGUGGGAGCCUCCAUCCCAGGGUCAGUGCCCACCCCGGACCUGGGCUGGAGAUGGUCAGACUUAGUGCCCCAGAGCAACGAGAGGAGCCUGGGUUAUGCCAAAGCAAGGCAGGAGCAGGAAGAACGAGGCCUCAGGCUGUGUCCAAGCUGGGAGGAAUGGAAUGGGGAGCAGCUCACCUUGAAGCAGGAAGAAGCCUUCCGCAGCUACUAUGAGAUCUUCAAUGGCCCUGGCGAGUUGGAUGCACAAAGCCUGAAGAACAUCCUGCUCCUCGUGGGCUUCUCCUUGACGCAGGCCCAGGUGGAGGAUGCCCUGAUAAGUGCUGAUGUCAACGGAGAUGGUCAUGUGGACUUCAAAGACUUCUUGGCUGUGAUGACGGACACCAACCGCUUCUUCUGCUCCAUGGAACAGAAUGCCCUGAUGGACAUGGCCCCCCCAAAUCCCCACACGCUACUCUUUGAGAUCCUGUCUCUUCUGGUGGAGAUGUUAGCCCUGCCGGAGACAGCCUUAGAGGAGAUCACAAACUACUACCAGAAGAAGCUAAAGGAAGGCACCUGCAAGGCCAGAGAGAUGGAGUCAGCCAUAGGCCGGCUACGGGCUCGGAAGAAGCUUUCCUAUAACCCCCAGCAUGCAGACAGCUUGGAAGUCCCAGAACGAAGGGUCCUCAGGAUCCUGAGCCGGCUAAAGCAGCAGAACUAUGCUGCCAACCUGCAAAGCCCCUAUGCCCAAGUGCCCUGUAUCCCACUCUGCCCAAGGGUGGAUAAGAAGAUGGUCCGUCAGAAGCAGGGCAGCCACUACGUACUGGACCAGUGUUCCCUCACUGGCCUGAGCCCCGACCUCCGUAGCCUCUUCUUCCAGUCAGGACUUCAAGGAAGCAGGGAACAUAGCUCCGACAGCAGAAAAUGGCUCAGCUCCAUGCCAGCUCGAACCCUCUGACGCUCUGGAGCCCUGACUGCGGGCAGUUCAAGGCCUGCAGACAACUGGGCAAUAAGACAGGGCUGGCUGCUGGAAUGUGCUUUUAUGGCCUGGUAAGCCAAUAAACACCAAGAACCUCACCUUCUGUGCCUGGUGCCAAGGAAGGCCUCACAAUUUUCACCAACCUACCUGGCUCUUUUAAUACCGGGUUCUGGCCUGGUUCAGUCUUGAGGCAAGGCUGCUCAGGGGCUGGUAGAGUGGCUCAAAUGGUAGAGUGCCUGCCUAGCAAGCAUGAGGCCCUGAGUUCGAAGCUCAGUACUGCAAACAAGACAAAAAACUCUGCCCAGGGUUGGGAGCACCUGUGCAGCUGCCCGUGGGGCAAAGUCUUGACCUCUGUGCACUCUCAAAACAGAGCUGAGCCCCCUCAGAUCAGUGUCUUCCCCGACUUGGGCUGGCAGUCCCACAAAGGCAGUGGUGAACAAAAGUCAUGUGCCUGGGAAAGACCUGGCCUCUGAAAGAGGCAGGCUUGUGGAAGAGCAGAGGUGGCCUUAGUGGGUCUCCCUCACAGAGCCCAGGGACCCAGGGCUCUCCUUCCCAUGAGUCAUCAGGGAGUGAGUCCUUGUCCCACCAAUCCACAUCCCACUUUCCCUACCCAAGUCUCUCUGGAUUGACCAGAGGUAGUUCCUCAGGGUUCAACAAGCAGCCACAGCAGGAGGUAGGAAGCCAGGAACUGAAAUGAGGACAAGGAUCUGACAAGUUUAAAACAUGUAUUUAAAAUACAAUUUAUAAAAUGCUUAAUCUGCCGACUCAGGAGCCCGCGAUGCGGGGUGGGGUGGGGUUGGGCAGCUGCCCGCUACACCAGCAGAGUGAGACUGCAGGGGUGUGGCCUUUCCUCCCAUCCCCUUCUGUUCAGACAUCCAAGGGGCCCAUGUGCACCCCUGGAGUCACAUGACCAGAAUAGGACCCCAGAGGUUUCUUGAGUCUCUGCUUACCAGGGAGGCUGGGUGCAGCCCUGCCAGCCCAUCCCUGAGCAGAGCACCCCCAGAUGGGGCAGAGCAGGGUAUGGCAGGGCAGGGCAGGUAGGUGGGUGGGCGGGGCAGGUGGGCUCUGGAAGGGGCUGAUGGCAGCAGAUAGGGUGUUGCCUCCUGCCUGCAGGUGGGGAGCACCCUGAGUGAGGGGGCUGAGAAGGGCUGGUCACCAGGCCCGGACCCCCAGCUCCUUUGGUUAUAGGCUGACAUCAGAGUAGUGGCUCAUGGAAAGCGGUUAGCUGGAAAGGCUGAGGCCUGGCUCACGGGGCCUGGAGGAGCUGGGGGAAGGGACAGUACCUUGAAGGCAGAUCAAGGGGCAGCAGCCUCAGGUUCCUGCCCCUCACCCCCUGGGGAUUUCCAAGCCAAAGCCUGCAACUUACAUUUUUAAAAAAGCACUUAAGGAAAGUUACA